AUGUCAUGGCAUCUCUCUUUGCAUGAGAGGUUCAGGUUGAAAAUGGUUUUAUCCACUACCAUGAUUCUCUCUAAUUCUCCCAUUGCACCCUCUUCUCUUCCAACUUCAACGAGUGCCAAGUUGGAAACUUUUUCGCUGAAAAAUGAUGGGGUCAUCAGAAUUAGAGGAGUUAAUGCUUCUUUAGUGGCACCCAGAAACCGAAAAUUAUCAACAUGCUCUGUAUCGAGAGAUGGCAAUGCCUCUGUUGAUAAUGAUGCACCUUUCCCUGCUGAUUACGUUCAGCUUCUCGAACAAGCAAAAGUAGCUGUGAAUUUGGCUAUGAAGGAUAACAGACAGCUAAUGGAGAUUGAGUUUCCCACAGCUGGACUCGGAUCUGUGCCAGGUGACGGGGAAGGUGGAAUUGAAAUGACUGAGAGUAUGCAAUUGAUUCGAGAAUUUUGUGACAGUUUCAUUAGUCCAGAGAAAGCCACACGAACAAGAAUAUUUUUCCCAGAGGCUAAUGAAGUUGACUUUGCCAGACAAUCAGCCUUUAGUGGAUCUUCUUUAAAGUUGGACUAUUUGACCAAACCUUCAUUUUUUGAAGAUUUUGGUUUUGUUGAGAAAGUAAAAAUGUCUGACAGAGUGAAGACAGGAGAUGAACUUUUCUUGGUUGCCUAUCCAUAUUUUAAUGUCAAUGAAAUACUUGUUGUGGAAGAGCUUUAUAAAGAGGCAGUCUUGAACACAGAACGAAAACUUAUUGUUUUCAAUGGAGAACUUGAUCGCAUAAGAUCUGGAUAUUAUCCACCAUUCUUUUAUCCAAAGCUUGCUGCACUUACGAAGACCUUUCUACCUAUGAUGGAAACUGUGUAUUACAUUCAUAACUUCAAGGGCCGCAACGGAGGAACACUUUUUAGGUGCUACCCAGGACCAUGGAAGGUCCUCAGAAGAAUGGGAACUAGGAAAUAUGUUUGUCUACAUCAGCAGAAUAAUAUGCCAUCCCUCAAGGAAGUUGCUCUUGAGAUUCUUCCAUCUGCAUGA